AACAUUCUGAAGGGGAACACAAAAUGAGACCUCUACAAACGUUGCUUCUUGGUAUUCUUUCAAGCAAUUUCUCCUUUGCUCAGUUCUCGGGAGAUGGAUCUCUUCCAAGUGAUUCAGACCCGCCUAGUGUGCAAGCCAUGUCUAUUGAUAACAGUCAACUGGAGUUUGGUCUCAGUAUAGGUGGUAAAUGGUCCGAUGAUGCUUCUGGUUUUGCAGCAGCCAAUAUCACAGAUAUUAAUGUCUAUGGUAACUGGGUUCCUGUCAGUACUCAAGCCAGUGCAGUUAGUGGUGGUGACAUGGUGAUCGACUUGGAAGGGGCUACUAUUGGAGAUGGUCAGGUCUUCUACUCCAUAAAUUCAACAGGUGGGGUUGGGGGUUACAACACCUUCUCUCUUAGUGUUGUUGCUGAUGUUAAGGAAGAAGACAUCAAUGUAACCACUGAAUUCACGGCUUACUUUGCAGUGUAUUACAGCAUUUCCGCUAAGCCUGCUGUUUACAGCGCCAGUACAAUCAUUGACUGGGGUAAUUCUGAUGAUGAUGGUGGCUCUGAUGAUGGUGGUGACUACAUUGACACACUUCCAGUCACCACAUCCUCUCUUGGUGAUAACACCACAGUAUAUUUUGAGAUGUAUGCAAGAAAUAACCUGUCGCUAGACCUUGCCCAGGGGUAUAAGGUUGUCAGUGUUGACAUUGAAGGUCAAGGAUGGGCACUAGAUUCUAUUGAUACUUCUGUCUAUGUGGUGGGAGUAGAGGGGUCCCAACAACCUGAAUCCACUGCAGAUGCAACAGUUGAGGAUGAACCAUCGAAAGAAGACUUGAAUCCAACUGCACACGUUGUGUAUGAACCUGGUCUUGAUAAUAACCAAGUUUUGCACAUCGCUGUUGAAGGUGACUACUUGAAAUCACCUCCAAUUGACACCACAGAAAUGAUUAACGCAACCUUUAUAGUGACAUUUGAUGACCCAUCUGGUGGUGAGUCAAUCACCAAGACCUACUAUGCUAACCAGACAAUUAUUGGUACAUCAACAGAGCCAGGUGAUGGUGAUGGUGAUGAUAAUGGAGGUAGCGAUGGUGGUGAUAAUGGAGGUAGCGAUGAUGGCAACAACGAUGGAAGCGGCUCCGGUAGUGGUUCUGGUAGUGAUAACGGUGGAAACGAUGAUGACAGCGGCUCCGGUAGUGGCUCUGGUAGUGAUGACGGUGGAAACGAUGAUGACAGCGGCUCCGGUAGUGGCUCUGGUAGUGGCUCUGGUAGUGGCUCUGGUAGUGGCUCUGGUAGUGAUGACGGUGAUGGAAAUACCAACAAUGGUUCCAACCACACGAGUACUACCACGACAUCAAAGAGCGCCACGGAAGAUGGAGGCUCUAACAACACCGGUACCACCACAACUACUGGUGGUUCUAACAACACUGGUACCACCACAACUACAAGAGAUUCUAACUACACUGGUACCACCACCACAACAAGAGAUUCUAACAACACUGGUGAUAACACUGCUUCAACAAAAACAAAAACCUCAACUGGUGCAACGUCCCAAUCUGCCACUACAACUGCCACUACAUCAUCCUUUGAGACUGCCAAUGCAGCUGUGAACAUCCUGGACAGUGUUCAAGGCACUCUAGUUCUCUUGGCUUUGAUGCUCUUUUAGACCAUUUUCACCAUAUAUGGUUACAGAUGAUCACUUAGCUCAUGGCUUAUCUUCGAGUUUCAAUACUUCUUCAGAUUUUGUUGUCUAUCAAUGCAUUGAAGAAAUAGUUCGUGAUAUCCG